AAUCACCAUCAUAGUCAAGGGUCCUCUCCAGCCCAGGAUGGCAUAUUUUAGAAGCAAGGGGAUGGGUCCUGUGGUUUUGUAUCCUUUUUUCUCUUUGUACAUUUCUGGCUAUAACCGGGUUCCUUUUGUUGUCAUGGUAACCAACAGUCCCAGAACACAGACUUCUCUGACAGUUGGACUUUUAGCCACUGAGACUUGGGAUCGGAAGGAUUUCUAACAUCCCAUUUAUGCCUCAGGAAUCUGGCAGCACCUCUUUCAUGUGGGCACUGACUAGAGCAGGACAGGACAGUGUGCAUGUGUGCGCACAUGUGGGCACGUAUGUGUUGUUCUGAAUCAUCGGGGAGUUCUGUGAUUUUGACCCUUGAAUGGCAUGGCCCACACAUCCUCUAUCAGUGAUGACAUCGACAUGGAUGACUGUAGUUCUAAAUCCGGAUCCAACCUGAGCCUGUCUGUGGGUUAUUUUCCUUGUGAGGACAUUUAUUGUGAUGAGGACAAAACCUCCUGUGAAGACAUAUCUUCCAACAGUUCUUCCAUCCACUUCCUCCCUCCUAUCCAAGGUACAUGGCGAACUGAAAAUAUACGGAGACCCAUUGGAAGACGAGAUCAGAUUCCAGAUAACCCAGAGCAGUUCUGCAAACUAAGCAUCGCCCUGGCCUGGGAUGUUGAUGUGGACUCUAACAAUGCAAACUCAAUAGAUAACUGGGAUCUAAAUGGAAGCAGCCAUUGGAUAGAUAAGUACCCAGAAGAGAAGACAGAACUGACUGUCAGCAAACUGGAUGAUCUUGUGCAAAAACUUGAGACAUUUCUAGAAAAUCAGAAAGAUGAUAAAGAUGAUGAGUCUGUGUUCCCUCAGUCUACUGAGGAGGAAGAUCAUCAGCCACCUGGCAGCUCCCCACAAGAUACAGCUCAGGUCAGUCAUCAGGAACACAUUUAUCAAGACCCGCCCAAGUUUGAACCAGCAGAUAAUGAAGACAUCACGAAGUCCCCACAGAUUCCUUCAAGGCUUAAGGGGCAUGAAUUUGCAGAGCUGAUAAACCAGGCAACAAGCAGCCAGAGGAUAAGCACUGUAAAUACCUUCUCAGUCUUGUCGGGGCAGCCAGAAGAGGAGGACACCCCUCCUGAUACACAAGCCCUGUCCUGUCUCAACUUGAGCUGGGUCUUCCGCUGGGUGAGGCAGCAAGUUCAGUCCUCACUACUGAGGAGAGAUCGCACUGAGAAGGCUACCAAGAGCCCCGGUCGGCCAGCACACAAGAAAAGAUGCUCUAACAGAAGCAAGAAAAUCCAACCUCAAGAAUCUUUUGAAUUAGGACACCCUGUAUCUCUAGAUUUUUAAAUGUUUUGAUAGCUCCUGUAUUAUAA